CAGUAUUUGUCAGAGCGGAAUUUUGCAGGACCUUUUUUACGGGAAGCUCAAAGGGAAAAGAUACACUUUUGCAGGAAGCUCAAGGGAAGAGGAGGCUGGCUCUGCUUGCUGCUCCCUCUGAGUUUUUUGCCUUUGGAGGGAAGGGCCAGGCCUCCGCACAGGCCUCACUCUUCCUGAGAGCUGGGUCUCCUCAAAGAAGUCUAUGGAUCGGAUGGAUUGGGAGAGGUUUGCUAGUCUUUUACCCGGAAAUGCAUGUAAUCAUUGAAAUAUGCCCAACAUUAUGUCUUUUUGCUGAGCUGGGCUACAGUUGUUCUGUGUUGUUGUUGUUAUUAUCAUUUGUUAUUAUCAUCCUUAUUUUUAUUAUUGUCCCAAUUUUUAAACCACGGUUGAGCACCCAAAGGCAUGUCACAACUUUAAAAUUGAAAACAUACAGAAUUUAUUUAUUUGCUUCACUUAUAUCCCACCAUUCUCACCCCCCAGGGGCUUACAGCUCUGGCAAGAUUCAAUGCCAAUUAUAACAAUAAAUAAUAUUCCUUCAAUUAAAAUAAUAAUAACUUUAUUAUAGAAGUUAUUACAUGGGGACAAGCCCAAUCCAACAAAGAUUAAAACCAAACAUAGAUUAAAACAUAUCUCAGUGAACAAAUCAGACAGGUAGAUAAAGGUUUUCCCCUGACUCUGGGGGUUGAUGCUCAUCUCUAUUUCUAAGCCUAAGAGUCAGCAUUGUCCGUAGAUGCCUCCAAGGUCAUGUGGCCAGCAUGACUGCAUGGAGCGCUGUUACCUUCCCGCCAGAGCAGUACCUAUUGAUCUACUCAUGUUUGCAUGUUUUCAAACUGCUAGGUUGGCAGGAGCUGGGGCUAACAGCGGGCGCUCAUUCCACUCCCGGGAUUUGAACUUGGGACCUUUCGGUCCGCAAGUUCAGCAGCUCAGCGCUUUAACACACUUCACCACCAGGGCUAAAAACACUAAACACUUAGAACACUAAAAAGGUUAAAAACAUAAAGUGCAAAAUUCCAUUCAUCCAUAAUCCUUGCUCGGAACCCUUAUUCAGUCAGUGUCGAAUUCCAUGAUGGCUUAUUCUUCAAACGCUCAUAUAAAGAGCCAGGUAAUGGCCAGCACUUUGUAUUUAGCCCAGAAGCAGAUCGACAGCUAGUGGAGCUGCUGCAGCAUGGGAGUUUUCUCACAAUAUGGCGCUCCUGUUAAUAACCUGGUUGCCGAUCUCUGCAUUAGUUGCAGCAGAUUAGGGACCUGGGCUAAAACUUACAAAAUGGAUUUCAACAAAGAGAAAUGUACAGAUAUAGGAUGGGUGACACCUGGCCUGAAGGCAGCUCCUGUGAAAAGGAUCUAGGAGUCUUAAUGGACCACAAGCUAAAAGUGAAUCAGUGUGAUAUGGCACCUAAAAAAGGCCAUGCAUUUGUAGUCUGCAUCAAUAGGAGUAUAGUGUCUGGAUCGAGGGAAGUCCUAGUCCCAUUCUAUUCUGCUUUGGUUAGGCUUCACCUGCAAUAGCAGUGUGACAGUUUUGCGCACCAAAAUUCAAGAAGGCUAUUGACAAGCUGGAACGCAUCCAGAGAAGGACAACUAAAAUGAUGAAAGGUUUGGAAAACAAGCUCUAUGAAGAGCAGCUGAAGAAGCUGGGUAUGUUUAGCCUGGAGAAGGGAAGAUUAAGAUGGGACAUGGGAGCCAUGUUUAAAUAUUUGAAAGGAUGUCACAUUUGAGGAGGGAGCAAGCUUGUUUUAUGCUCCCUCCUUGGAGGAAAAGAUCCUACCUAAAGAUUAGGGAGAACUUGAUAGUAAGAGCUGUUCAGCAGUGGAAUAAGCGUGGAGAUGGAGGAGAAUCCUUCUCUGGAGGAUUUUAAGCAGAGUCUGGAUCACCACAUGUCAGUGUUUUUUAAUUGUGUAUUCCUGCUUGGCAGAAUGGGUUUGGAUUGAUGGCCCUUGGGAGUCUCUCCCAACUCUAUGAUUCUAUUAUCACCACCACAGACCUUAUCACUAUUAUUAUUACCCUACUUUUUUAAACCAAAGUUGGACACCAAAGUAGGUCACAACUUAAAAAAGAUAUAAAUAAAAACAUACAAAAACUAUAUAUUAAAAUGGGAGCUAGUCAUUGUCAUUAUCAAAACCAUAAAGUUCAGUUGUGGUUUUUUAAAAAGCCAUUUAAAAAACUGGGUUACAGUUGUCUUCUAUCAUCAUAAUAAUAUUAUUCUUAUAUUAAUAUUGUUGCGCAACAUUUUGCUAUAAUUGAGUACCAAGCUGUAGCAUGUAUUGUUGCUGGAAUAUGUGCAAUUACUAUUAUAAUUAUAUUUAUUUAAUAUAUAAAUAUAUCAACAUUAAAACAGGAUUAAAAAUAAACAGUAUUAAAAAAUUCCCAGUUAAAAAUUAUUAAAACAAAUUCAAGUGUAAAUUGGUAGCCUUCCUGGAGGAGAAGAUCCAGCAACUUGAGGUCACAUAUGUCUUCUCUUCAACCUAUUAAGUAGCUUGAGGAGUUUUUUGACAGAAGAAGAGGUCAGACUCCAGACACAGGAGACAGACAACUGGAGGAAUGUGACAUACAGAAGUAGAAGGACCAGGAAUCCUGUAAGUUUGGCGCUACAGAAUUGAGUUGAUGCGCCUUCCUUACCAGUGAUGAUGAGGAAUAGCAACAAAAGCAACAGUCCUCAGAGAAGAUGCAGAUCAUCUUAGAAGAUUCAGCACAUGUGCCAAUCUACAGAGGAGACUUCUGAUAGUGAUGAUAGGAGAAUCUGUGCUAAGAGGAGAAAAAGCAGUGGCUUAUGGGAUGUUUUGAGAGUUAUGCUGUCCCUGGAGCCAAUAUUAAUCUUUUCCCUUUGGUUCACAUGGGAACCAAUGAUACUGCAAGGCAGAGCCUUUGGGAGAUCACAAGAAAUUAUGCGGCUCUGGUAAGAAACUCAAGGAUUCACUGGUUCCCAUUUCAUCUUGCCUCACAGUUGAAGGAGAUGACCCAGGAAGGGAAACAUGAACAACUGGCUUCGCAGAUUGUGCCACUGGAAAUGAUUUGGAUAACCCAGCUAUUAUAGAGACAACUGGGUAAAAAGUACAAGAACUCAACAGAAAAAUGUAAACAAGAAGUGUGAGAAAUGGCCUACAUAUCUGUACUAAUGCACAGAGCAUGGGAAUAAAUAAGAUGAACUCAAACACUUGACACAGAAAAGCAAAUAUGAUAUUGACAGCAUCUCUGAAACCUAUAUUUGUUGGAAGUCAAACUGCCAAGAAUUUAAGAUGCAAUACAUUUUUGACUUGCCUUGCAGACAAAAGGUGAAAGAGGCAAUAAGAGGAUCAGCUAUUUUUGGUACAGUAACAACACGAUUAAUAAGGAGGGAGUGGCAGAAUGUCUAGAUAGGAGUUUGUUAUAUAUAAGAAAUGGAAAAGGGGGGAAAUCAUCUAAGAGGAAUCCAAGCAAAUUUUCAACACAUGUUGGGAGAAAGUCUCUUUACUACCCUGUUUCCCCAAAAAUAAGACAGUGUCUUAUAUUAAUUUUUGCUCCCAAAGAUGUACUAAGUCAUAUUUUCAGGGGAUGUCUUAUUUUUCCAUGAAGAAGAAUUCACAUUAAUUGUUGAACAAAGAAUGAACAUUUAUCAUAUACUCUACAGUAGUUGUCAUCACAAACCAGCAUAACCAGACAAACUGUGAAUCCUUUCAAGUAUUUCUUGUUACUACCAUUAUUUCCAUGGACAACUAUCUAUGGCAAAUGGAGAGGAAAACAUGGACCUCUUUCUCUCAUUACUACUUACCCUUCCACAUUCAGAGAAUAAAAAAAGAGAUUUAAUUGCCUAGAAAAAAAUCAUGAGACUAAUAAAAGCAAAGAAAUGCAAAUUAGGGAAUGUCAGUAACCACACAAAUGCUGUCUAAUUACCUUUCAGGUCAUUACAUUAUAUUCUAAAACAUUUGACUAAAGAAACAACUUUUGUGUUGAACUUUAUUUUUAUUCUACACCAAUAAACCUGCAGGGGAGUGAAUAUUAACUAGUUUUUAUUGCUUGGAGCAAGUUGAUGAUUGGUGAGAAAGCUCAAAAGAGACACAACAUGGGAGAAAAUUUCUUUCAGUGUUCCAACCCUGUUGAAGGUGUUUUGGGAAGCCCAGAUGUCUUUCAGUACCAGCAAAGCAGUCUAACAGCUGGGCUAUAUAAAUGCCUGGAGUGUGGGAAAUGUUUCACUCACAGCAAGAACUUCAGUACUCACCAGAGGAUCCACACUGGAGAAAAACCUUACAAGUGCCCCGAUUGUGGGAAAAGAUAUGGUGCCAGCUCGACUCUUAGUAGGCACCGAAAAAUCCACAUGGAAGAGAAACCCUAUAAAUGCCCAGACUGUGAAAAGAGUUUUAGUUAUAAAGCAGACCUCAUUAAACACCAUCGAGUUCACACUGGGGAGAAACCCUAUGUGUGCCAUGAUUGCGGGAAGAACUUUAGUCAGAGCUCGAAUUUUGUUACUCAUCAGAGAAGCCACACCGGAGAGAAACCUUAUGAAUGCCCUGACUGCGGGAAAAGUUUUACGGUGAGUUCAAGCCUUAUUGAACAUCAGCGAGUUCAUACUGCUGAGAAGCCCUUCUUGUGUACAAAAUGUGGGAAAAGUUUCAAUCGGAGUUCACACCUAAGUGUGCACCAGCGAAUCCACACUGGAGAGAGACCAUUUCAGUGUUCGGAUUGUGGGAAAGGUUUUACCAUACUCUCCACCCUUAGUAAACACCAAAGGAUCCACACUGGAGAAAAACCUUAUAAAUGCCCUAAAUGUGAGCGAAGCUUUAGGGUGAGCUCAAUUCUUACCCAGCAUAUCAGAACCCACACAGGAGAGAAGCCGUACAUUUGCCUUGAGUGUGGGAGAUGCUUCAGUCAAAAGUCACCUCUCAUUUCUCACCAGAGACUUCAUACUCGUCAAAAAAAUGUAUAGAGUGAUUGGUCUGAAACUAGUGUGAUUUAGAAAUUGAUGAGUCAUAAUUUGUCAUUGUUUAGUAGUAUAUAGGAAUAAUAAUCUUUAAUAAGUUUUAUUUAUACCCCGCCCCGUCUCCCCGAAGGGAUUUGGGGCAGCUAAGAAAGUGGUCUGGGAUAUAAAAUCAGUGGAGCCCUGCUGUGCUUAUUUCCUUCCUUUACAAAAUUAUUUAUUUGGGUUUGUAAAAGAAAUUAAUGCAGAAUUUUUCUAAAUGUUAGAGUCGAUUUGAACUUUGCUAUAUAUCAACCAUGAGCCACCCAUGAAUGAAACACCCCUUGAAAAGGGGGAGCAUAGAGUUUCAAAUUAUUGCCAUUAGAUGCCUCUCCAAGUGCACAAACAGCCUCUCGCCUCAGUCAUUCACAAGUUGGCAAUCCUGCAAUGUAAGGCCUAAUGGGAAAUUCUAAAUAUAUAUAUAUAUCUGGCUCAAGAUGGUUAAUAAAAUGUCACAAUUUAUUAAACAUUUGUAACAUUUUGUGUAAUUGUCACAUGUUGCCAUUGUGAAAUAUACUCCUUUGAAAUUAGGCCCAUCAUUUUGAAACACUACUUAAAAUGACUUCCUUUGGUAGCAUUUCAAAACAUUUAAAAGACACUGAUUUUGCAGAAUCCCUUAUAUGGAGAGAUUAUAAAUCGCAAUUCGUUUGUGCCAUAAAUGUUAGUAUAGGAUUGUCAUGAGGACAACUGGUACCAGGAUGCUUAAAGUCCUUUGUACAUAGAAAAGAACUGUGGAAUCAAUAAAAUUACUCCAAAAGACUAAUUUCAUCUGAUAAGCAAUGAUUACUUAAGGAUAAUAUGAGGCUAAGAACUUUUUAACUCUUAAUUUCUUAAGGCCCACUUCCUUGUUCUCUUCUUUGCCAACAAGGGGGUCCAUUAAACUCUCUUCAAGAUAGGACACCAGAUUUAUACCUACAUUUGGAACCUAAAUGUGAAGCAUGGGCUUAGUUGGCAGAACUGGGAUUGGCAUCUUCCCUCUUCUCACUUCUUACUCAUGCCUUAAUAGGGCAUUGCUCUUAUGAUAAUCCCACCCACAUCCGAACAUAAGGUUGGAUUCCAGGUCAUCUUUUCUAGAAAGGAGACAAGAGAACGAUGAUACAUGUUGAACUAAGAAGAAUUUUAUACCAUUUUAUUUUAUAAAAAUCUAAACAAAAUACAAUGGAAUUAGUUAAUAAAAUUACAACCAUAACAGACAUUUCACUCAAAUGAUCAGGGCUGAGUGGUUGGUAAGCACAGAGAGAAAAAAUGAACUACUUCAAAAUAUUGUUUAAAUUGUCUGCAAUACCAAAGUCUGACAAUUCCUUUACCAGGCUGCAAUUACUGAAUUACUGAAUCACAGAUUUGGAAGAUAUCACAAGGGCCAUCCAGUUCAAUCCCAUUCUGCUAUGCAGUAACACAAUCAAAGCACUCCCAACAAAUGGCCAUCCAGCCUCUGUUUAAAACCCACCAGAGAAGGAGACUCCACCAGACUCCCAGGCAGUAUAUUCCACUUCCAAACACUUGGAAGUGGAGGAACAGUGAUCUGUUCUGUCACCAGAGAUGCAGCAGACUGACCUUUCUAUUUCUCUGCAUCCGGCAGUCUCCGGCACAACAAUAAGAAACAAGAUCCCUCUUGCAAUUUCUUCUUCCCCAGGGAAUUCUAGCAGAAUUUGGGGGGAAUAUCUUCAACUGUUGGACAACAAACGUUUAUUGCUCUCAAUAGCUACUGCCUAAUAAAGCAGGACUGGAAGACUUUUAUGAUUAUGGCAGUUAUGUCAUGAUCAUGCAUACUUCAGCUGUUGUGACUAUGAAUCAGUUACAGAUGUGUGACUCUAGGACAUUACACAUCAGUAGCUUUGAUAGUGAAUUCCAGGCAAUGUUCUAACAUUUAAUUUAAUAAAUACAGUAACAGUUUGGCCAGAAACAUAUAGAGCUGCCUUAUGGGCUGCCACAUUGGUUGUCAGAUUUCCCGCUGUGCUUGGCUUAUGUCUUCAUAAUGUCUGGAAUAAGAGAAGAAAAUUGUGUUAUUUAUUCAUGCAAUCUAAUAUGCUGAGAUGAAGGUUCGGCCAACUUCCGCCAUCAGCUGCAUCUAUCUCAUAGGCUUCUCUCUUUCCUCAGAGAAUGUUGCAUGCCACUGAUGUGAUGAGCCAGAUUCUUGUUGUAUUCCUUCAAGUCAUUUCUGAUUUAUGAGAACCUUGAAGUUAAUCUAUCAUAGAGUUUUCUUGGCAUGAUUUGUUUAGAAGGAGCUUGCCUUUCUCUUCUGAAGCUGAGAGAGAGAGAUUUUCACAUGAUCAAGCGAUGAAUUCCCAUGGCUGGGUGAAGGCAGUAGUCUGAAAAAGAUCUUGGAGUCCUCGUGGACAAUAUGUUCAACAUGAGCCAACAAUGUGAUGCGGUGGCAAAAAAAGUCUAUGGGAUUUUGGCCAACAUAAAUAGAAGUAUAGUGCCUAGAUCCAGGGAAAUCAUGCUACCCCUUGGUCAGACCACACCUGGAAUCACAUUGUGUCCAAUUCUGGGCACUGCUAUUGAAGUGAGAUGUUGACAAGCUGGAAUAAUGUGUGAAAUGAUCAAAGGUCUCGAGAACAAGCACUUUGAGAAACAGCUUAAAGAGCUGGGCAUGUUUAGCCUGCAGAAGAGAAGACUGAGAGGAGACAUGAUGGCCAUGUACAAAUAUGUGAGGGGAAGUCAUAGGGAGGAGGGAGCAAGCUUGUUUUCUGCUGCCCUGGAGACUAGGACAUGGAACAAUGGCUUUAAACUACAAGAAAGGAGAUUCCACCUGAACAUUAGAAAGAACUUCCUAACUGUGAGAGUUUUUGGCAGUUGAACUCUCUGUUCCGGAGUGUGGUGAAGGCUCCUUCUUUGGAGGCUUUUAAGCAGAGGCUGGAUGGCCAUCUGUCAGGGGUGCUUUGAAUGUGAUUUUCCUGCUUGGCAGGAGAUUGGACUGGAUGGCCCAUGAGGUCUCUUCCAACUCUAUGAUUCUAUUAUUGUAAGGUCUCCAGUCAUACUCGCUCAAAUCACUACACCAUGCUGGCUGUCAAGACUGUGGCUGACAUCCAGGGAUCCUUCCACCUUCGGCUAACUUCUGUUCAGACCGAAUGAAUUGAUUAUUGAAGAAUCAAUACAUACUGCAAUGGAUUCAAGAAAAUAUUCUACAGAAUGCUCCAUAGAUUGAUUUAUUCCCUGGAAAGUACACUCAAGAAUAUCCCUUGGCUACAGAAUACCAGCAAAAAGGCUCUGCUAGCUGAAGCUACUAUCUGUAGGGCUGAAUGAUUCUCGCAAUAGUAACAGCAGUUGGAGGAAUGCAAAUGUACUAAACCCUGGCCAAGCAUGACAUUUUGUGGCAAAACAUUGUUGCCAUUUACUCUACAGUAGAAAAUGCAGCCCUUGACUUUCUCAUUAGGAUGGGUGGAGUCUAAACUUGUUUGAUCUGUGACCCACUGAGAAUCAUCAUCCUGUGGGAUGAGUACUUAGACAUGGAAAUGGGUAUGUGUCUGUUAGGGAAGUGGUGAAACUUCUAAUUUAAUCCUUGAUACAAAUAUGAGUAGGGAAAGAAUGUCAUCACUGAAAAUCCUUUGAAGAUGCCAGUGAAACGCAUGGGGAAAAUGUUGCUAGAACACGGCCAUACAGCCCGGAAACCACACAAGACCCCAAUCCUAGUCUUGUUUCAUUCUGAUUACCCUGGACAAAAUUUGUUGCUGGAAUUAACAUGUUUCAGAAACACUAGCUGUGCCCGGCCACGCGUUGCUGUGGCUAGGACUCAAUUUUUCUUUUCUUUUUGUUGUAUGAACGUAGAGGCGUGGAUGAGAGGUUGUGCUGUCAAUUUUCAAGGUUGUGGGGCAUUUAGUUUAGUUGUUUUGUCCGGUGCCGUGAUUCCAUUACCCUUUUAUAUAUAUAGAUAAAUAAAGCAGCAAAAUUUAAAAAAUACUACAUACCGCUGCUUCCUGUUGAACCCUGUGAACAACUCCAUUUUGUAUUGAUUGUAGCAGCAACUCAUUUCCCACCAAUGUCCUCCAAUGCAGUACAGUCUACUAUUAAAGCCUCAGGUUAUAAGGCUGCAGCCUUCAUUGCCUAAGACUGAAGGUACUUCACCAAACUACAGCUUCCUAGAUUUCAUAGCAUUGAGCCCUGGCAGCUAAAGUGGUGUCAAAGUGCGUUAAUUCCACAGUGUAGAUGUUCUGUGAAAAAGGGAGCAUUCUGCAACACAGCUCCUGAUGUUACCUUUUGUGCUUUUGAAGUCUGCACCAACAUCUGAAAUCUUCUAAACUUGAUUGUUAGGGAACACUUUUCCCCACAAAAAGUUGCUCAUGUCUUUUAUUCUUCCAAAAUCCCAACAGUAUCUUCUUUCUGUGUCUCCACAAAGGCCCAAAAUGGCAACCUUUAUUUUUGAGGAGCGCUGUCUCUUUAAAUAGGUGUUGGCAGCCAAUUAUAGACGACGCUGGGAGUGAUGUCAUAGGAGCGCGAAAGGGAGGAAGCACCGGGAAAGGCUGGAGUGUGAUUCGACGAUUGCGCACGCGCGUCUUCCGUGAAGCUAAAUCCGGGGCUGAGGCAGCUUCAAUUGGCCCUUAGAGAACAUGUGAGAAGAUUUGAGAUGAGACUUCCGGAUUGCGUUCAACCGCUUUGCCUUGGGAGCUUGCCCUGUUUUCCCAAGUCUAAAGGAGUGCCUCUGUUUUGUCCCAUUAAUUCCCAUUACUUUCCUCCAAAAUGUCAUGUGGAUCAUUGUGAAUCUUUGCAGGAAUAAGAACCUAUCGCAAAUACUAUUUUGAAGCAGGGGUGAGAAAUUUGCAAUUGCAUGUUGAUGGAUGCAAUUAUUCCUAAUCUACCUAAUGGAACAACAUAUAUAAUACUAAUAAUGUACUGAUAAUGUGUUAUAUAUAUUGUGAUAUAAUAAUAUAGUACAAUAAUAUAUGAUAAUUUGAUAAUCAUAUAUGUUACAUAUAAUAUUACUAGUAAUAUUGCAGUAUAAUUUGUUAUUUUUUAUAUAUAGAUGUGGAUUUGUUUUUGGGAUUUAGGGGGUUGGUUAUUUUUGUCUUUGUUCAGCUUCUCAUGGCAUUGAAUGUUUGAAGAUAUCUCUUGUAAACCACCCUGAGCCCCCUUCGGAAAGAUGAGACAGAAUAUAAAUAAAUAAUAAUAAUUAUUAUUAUUAUUAUUA